GACAGGUAUGAGAGAGAUUGGAUUGGACUAGUGAAAGAAGUGUUUGUAAAGCUGAGGACAUGUGUUUUGGAAGGUGUGCUAGAUGUGUUGGUUAUAAGUUGCUCAUCCUUGCCUUGCUGAGCAUCGUGGCCAACGUUUUACUUUAUUUUCCCAAUGGCGAAACAAGAUUUGCUUCAGAGCAUCAUCUCAGCAGAUACGUGGAGUGCCUUCAUGGCAUUCUAGGUGGAGGCUUUUUGGUACUCAUUCCAGCUGCAGUAUUCAUUGGGCUUCACAAUGAUGACUGCUGUGGGUGCUUUGGCCAUGAGGACUGUGGGAAAAGCUGUGUGAUGCUGUCCUCGGUUCUGGCAGCCUUUGUUGGGAUCCUUGGUUCUGGAUACUGUAUAAUCAUUUCAGCACUGGGCUUGUCUCACGGACCGUACUGUUUCACUUACCUAGAAAGAAACUGGAUCUAUCCUUUCACUGAUUCCUCUGGAGGGUACUUGUUUGAGUAUAACAAGUGGUCUGAAUGUCAAGAACCUCAAAACAUCGUGCAGUGGAAUGUCACCCUCUUUUCCAUCCUCCUUGUCUUGGGAGGAAUAGAGUUCAUUCUGUGCUUCAUACAGAUAAUCAGUGGCAUUCUUGGAGGACUGUGUGGGUUGUGCUGCAGUCAUGAGGAGUUUGAGCAUGUUGUUAAAAAUCAGUACGGUAGUGGUACUGUUGGAAUUGCAGUGGCUGAAGGUGUGAACCAGAUGUAA